AUAAUCUUUUUCUAACACACUAAUGUGGCUACAUGUCACCAUGUAACCUGUAGGGGAGUGUUACUGGGAUUAUGGGGAAACUCUGAAGGUGACUCUGUUUUCAGCCAUUCAAACCUGUUAUUAGAAAGUGUUCAGGCUGUCUGGAAGCGUUUUGUCCGGCGGGGUCAGAGGUUGCUGUGUUCCUCUGUAGUUUGUGACAGACUGGUUUCCAUGCCACAUGCAGCAUGUGUGGAGGUUGCAUGCUUUUCUUUGCUCUGAUGGAUUUCUGCAGCUCAUAUCGUGCUUUUUUGUAUUCCACUGGAUCUCCAGACUUGAAGGCCUCACUCUUCAUCAAUUUUUGCUUUAUGUCCCCAUUGAACCAGGGCUUCUGGUUGGGAAACGUUCAAACAGUUCUGGGGGGUGCACAGAUGGACGUGCACCUACUGAUAGUCGUUGAGUGUCUCUGAGUAUUCAUGAAGGUCGUUAGUAACCUCUUUGAAGGUGCUCCAGUCUAUAGCCUCGAAACAGCCCUGCAGAGUGGCCUAUCAGUCCAGGUGCUAAUGGUUCUGACUGAAACUGGUUUUGUUUUCUGCCUUUUGUUGUAAACAGUUUUAGCAGAAUUGCCAGGUGGUCAGACUUUCCAAAGGGGGGUUGUGGCUCAGCUAAAAAGACACUUUUAACAUUACUGUAGUGGUCCAGUAUUUUGUUUCUGUUUUUGUUUAUUUGUUUAUUUUGUUUAUUUUGUUUUUGUUUUGUUGUUUAAAGUUUAACUUUAACUGCAACCUUUCAGUUAAAGGUUAUAGAAACCAAAUUCUUGUUCAGAACAAUAAAACACAAACUCCAGGUCUUCCAUACCCAAACUUCAAAUAUUUCGAAUAGACUGAUCCUAAUCAAAUCCCAAUCACACUAAUACGGCUGCGCAGCAUCAUAUUUGGAAUGACUUUAUACAACAAUAAACACAACUUUACAAUCAAUAAGCUCCUGAUUUUUAGCCAAAUUCUUUCUUCAUACAAGUAAAUGUAAAGAUUAAAAAAAAACUUAUCAUUUAAAGGAUUCUUGGUGGACAAUCACCCCAAAAUUCCGAAAUUAAUCAGUAACAAAAAUUGGUAAAACAAAAAAAACAUUUGUUGAAGCUCAUAAAUACUUUGAACUCUUUGAAGGGAAAUAUUACUCUUGUAUUAUGUACACCCAGGACUAUUUUUGUGAUUUAAUUUACUUACUUUUCCCUUUAUUCUUAUUUGUUAAUGUAUUUUACUGUUAUAAUUUUUCUUGAUUCGCUUUUUCUGUGUGUUAUUUUGAUUCAUCUUAGUUUUGUACCCGCAUGUGAGUGUUACUUUGUGGUUCGAGAGCUUUGAGUUUGCGGCGCUGUUGUGAAAGUCUGUAUGCCUUGAAGCUUUGUAAAUUUAAAUAAAGCAUUUAAAAAAAAAUAAAAGAAAGCUCCUCCUCUGUCAUGAUGGGCGUAUCCAACUGGAAGCGAAGAAAUAAGCUGAUUGGCUGAAUUUACAGUGAAAGCAUCUGAUUGGAGGAAUAGAUUCAAACUUGUUUGUGAGGAAGUAAAAAAUCCACUCCACCGACCGUCUUUGUGUCUGAGAGGAGAAAUGGCGCAGAAAGGAGUCGAUCUGGAUGAAGAAACCUUCAGCUGUUCCAUCUGUCUGGAUCUGCUGAAGGAUCCGGUGACUAUUCCCUGUGGACACAACUACUGCAUGAAGUGUAUUCGAGGAUUCUGGGACGGAAAGGAGAAAAUCUACAGCUGUCCUCAGUGUAGGAAGACCUUCAAACCGAGACCUGUUCUGGUGAAAAAUUUUAUGUUUGCAGCUUUAGUGGAGCAGCUGAAGAAGACUGGACUCCAAGCUGCUCCUGCUGAUCACUGCUAUGCUGGACCUGAAGAUGUGUCCUGUGAUUUCUGCUCUGGAAGAAAACUGAAAGCCAUCAAGUCCUGUUUGUUCUGUCUGGCCUCUUACUGUGAGAAACACCUUCAACCUCAUUUGGAUGAAGCUGCAUUCAAGAAACACAAGCUGGUGGAACCCUCCAAGAACCUGCAGGAGAACAUCUGCUCCAUUCAUGAUGAGGUGAUGAAGAUGUUCUGUCGUACUGAUCAGAAGUGUAUCUGUUUUAUCUGCUCUGUGGAUGAACAUAGAGGACAUGACACAGUCUUAGCUGCAGCAGAAAGGACUGAGAGGCAGAGAGAUCUGGAGGAGAGUCAACAACAAAUCCAGCAGAGAAUCCAGGACAGAGAGAAAGAGGUGAAGCUGCUUCAACAGGAGCUGGAGGCCAUCAAUCACUAUGCUGAUCAAACAUUGAAAGACACUGAGGAGAACUUCACUCAGAUGAUCAAUCUCAUCCAGAAAAGAAGCUGUGAUGUGAAGCAGCAGAUCAUAUCCCAGCAGCAAACUGAAGUGAGUCGAGUCAAAGAUCUUCAGGAGGAGCUGGAGCAGGAGAUCACUGAGCUGAAGAGGAGAGACGCUGAGCUGAAGCAGCUCUCACUCACAGAGGAUCACAGCCAGUUUCUGCUCAACUACCCCUCACUGCCACCACUCAGUGAGUCCACACCCUCAUCCAGCAUCAAUGUCCGUCCUCUGACAUACUUUGAGGAGGUGACAGCAGCUGUGUCAGACCUCAGAGACAAACUGCAAGACCUUCUGAGAGAGGAACGGACAAACAUCUCAGCGACAGUCACUUAUGUGGAUGUUUUACUGCCAGAACCAGAACCAGCAAGCAGAGCUGACUUCUUGAAAUAUGCAUGUCAAAUCACACUGGAUCCAAACACAGCAAACAAACGAAUGUUACUGUCAGAUGAGAACAGAAAGGUGACAUUUAAGGAACAACAUGAGUCUGAUUCUCAUCCAGACAGAUUUACUGAUUAUCUUCAGGUUCUGAGUAGAGAGAGUCUGACUGGACGUUGUUACUGGGAGGUGGAGAGGAGAGGAUUUGCUGUUUUUAUAGCAGUCGCAUACAAGGACAUCAGUAGAUCUGGAAAAGAAAGUAGAUUUGAUUUAAGUGACAAAUCUUGGGCCUUUUUUUGUUCUCCAAACAGAUUUUCAUUUUACCACAACGGUAUAAAAAACUCAAUCUCAGCUCGUGUUUCCUCCAGAAUAGGAGUGUACCUGGAUCACAGAGCAGGUCUUCUGUCCUACUACAGCAUCUCUGAAAGAAUGACUGUCCUCCACAGAGCCCAGACCACAUUCACUCAGCCGCUCUAUGCUGGAGUGUGGAUGAAUGAUAUUGUUGGAGACUCAGCAGAGUUCUGUAAACUCAAAUAGUUCCUGAAAGAAGUGAAAUGUUUGUUUUCAGUGAUUUGUCUGCUUUCCAUCAUUUUGAACUAAACUUUUUAACUGUUAAUAUUGUGUGGAGUCGUGUUUGUUCUCAGAAACAAAGAGAGAAAUGAGAAAUCUCAAGAAUGUGGAUUUGAGACAUUUUGAAGACUAAUCAAAAACUUUUUGGAGUAAAAUCUGUUUUCUUUUUUUUCUUUGAACUUUGCAAUUUGACUGUUUGAAUUCAAAUUUCACACAAAUGUUGUGUUCAUGUUUUUGUGUUAUGUGAACUGAAGGAAACUGCAACACAAAUGGAAUCAGUGACGUCACAGUCAAAGACUUUCUCUGUUUGUUCUACACAGAAACUACAAGAGAAAAAACUGAAGGAGGAGAUUGUGUUUGUAGAAAGAACAUUUACAUUUACUUUAUUUUUGCUUCAUUUCACAACUUUGGAUUGAAAACUUGUGUUUUCAUGUCUUUGUUCUUCAGAGAAAAGUUGUUGCUACUCAUGUGACAAUAAAAACAUCCUGAUUCUUA